CUCAACGCGCCACGUCCUUCCUGCGCGCUGGAGGCGGAGCUUGUCCAGCUCGGUCCCUGAACCUGUUGGAUUGCCACGCGGGUUCGAACCAUGGCUGACAGCGGCCGGAUUCCUCAGGCCCGGGCACUUCUGCAGCAGUGCCUGCACGCCCGCCUGCAAGUACGCCCAGCCGAAGGGGACACCGAGACCCAGUGGGUGGAGGUUCAGAGGGGAUUAGUCAUCUACGUGUGUUUUUUCAAGGGAGCUAAUAAAGAACUUCUUCCCAAAAUGGUUAAUACACUGUUAAAUGUGAAAUUAAGUGAAACAGAAAAUGGCAAGCUCGUGUCUAUAUUGGAUCUACCUGGCAACGUUCUUAUCAUCCCUCAAGCCACCCUUGGAGGGAGAGUAAAAGGAAGGAACAUGCAGUAUCACUCUAACUCUGGAAAAGAAGAAGGGUUAGAACUUUAUUCCCAAUUUGUGACUCUAUGUGAAAAAGAAUUAGCUGCUAACAGCAAGUGUGCUGAAGCUGGGGUUGUGGUGGAACAUGGUACUUACGGGAACAGGCAGGUGUUACAGCUGGAUACCAAUGGACCAUACACACACCUCAUUGAGUUUUGAAAAAUUACGUUAGUUUCUACAGUUGUUUUCUGGCAUAAAAUGAUCUCGACAAUAAUUAGAGUUUGUUCCCCUUCUUGAAUAUACUAAUCAGCAGCACUUUUAGACAAGAAAAUCCUUGGUCCUACCCAUAACUCUGCAGCCUGCAAUUGGAUGAGCUUGCCAAGUCACCAAACUCUGGAUCUCAGUCAGCUUUCAUUCUGCUUUCCCCUACACUUCCACUUGAAAACUUGAAAAAUGCUUUCUAUUCACUUCAUAGUCGUUGUGGAAAUGUUCUUAGAGAGCUGUAUUUAAGUAUUUUGCAGUGAAGAACAUUGUGCAAUCAAGGAAAAUAUAUUUCUUAUACCCUCAAAUGUAUGUAAUGUGUAAUAAAAAUAACUAUUUGUAUUAAAAUUAGGUAAAAUCCCACACAAAGUAAUUACAAUUUUGUCAGUUUUACUAUUUCAGUUUUCCAUAUAUUGAAUGAAACAAUAUGCUACUGCUAUUCCUUUUAAUAAUAUCUAUGAAAAUGUAACAGAAAUGUUAUUGUGUACUAGGUUACUUUCCAAGGACAGCUAAGUGCUUUAAAUCAUUUUAAGAAUCUUUAGUUGAUACAAAAACAAAGUAUAAGGCUUAAAAAUUGUUUUUAUUUAAUGUACCAAUGGGUUGAUACUUGUGUUUCUGAGUUUUUUACCAAAAUAAUGUAUGUCUCACUUUCUGUCUUUGGUUUUUAAAAGUUACUGCUUUGUGAAAUUAAUGUUCAUAAGUUUUUUAAGAAGUCCUUUCUUAUAUAUUUAGAUUGCCAUAAAAAGAAGAAAAAGAAAAAGGUAAGCUUUCUACCAGAAAUAUUUGGAAACAAGUAGACUUGCUCCUUUCCAUAUUAUUUACCUGACGAUUUGGAGCCACUGCCAUUUUUUCUGUUAGUGUUUGUGCCUUUCACCCCCUAUUCAUAUGUUGAAGUCGGCCAACAUGAUGGUGUGUGAAGAUGGGGCUCUAGGAAGUAAUUAGGGUUAAUAAGGUCAUAAGAGUGAGUCCCUCAUGAUGAGAUUAGUGUCUUCAUAGGAAGAGUCACCAGAGAGCUUGCUUGCUCACUCUCUCUGCUCCCACCGUGUGAGAGUGCAGUGAGACAGACCUGCAAGCAAGUGAAAGAACCCAUACAAAAAACUGACAAGGUUGACAUCUUGAUCUUGAACUUGCAGUCUCCAGAACUCUGAGAAAAUAAUUUCUGUUGUUCAAGCCACUCAGUCUAUGGUAUUUUGUUAGGACAUGAGCUGACAAAGAUAGUGAUAAAAGAUAGGUAAAGAUUUUUCAAAGUCAAGAGAGGAAGAUAUAUAAGAAACUCAAGGAAUAAAUGAAUCAAUAAAAUAUAAUACUCAGUUUUUGUAAAUGCCUCUGACUUCAUCUAAAAAGAUAUUUUAAAGAGCAAACACCAAAUAAUAUUUCUAAUUACCAAAAGAUGAAGAAAUUAAGUUGAAUAAACAUUUUAAGUAGCUGCUGAAGAUUCCUCUGUGUCAUAAUUUCUUUAGGUCUGUCUUCCUAAAAUACUUAAAAUUUUUGUUAUCACAAAAAACCCUGUUUCUCUAUAUCCUUCCUGAACUAUUCUAUUUUGGAACUUGAGAAUCAAUAAUUGGCUUGGUAAUGAGCCAUUGUCCUUUACUUUUGCUUUAUUGACUCAUGAUACACUUAUUGAAAUGUAAUAAACUAUUCAUAAACUUU